AUGGCUGAUAGAGUAAGCCAAUCUGUUUUCGGAGAUGACUGGCUGAGAACUUAUUCUCAGUUUCGAGUGAAUCCGGCUUCAUUUCUUGACAAGAAAAAAAUUACCAAAGAAGCAUUUUGUUUGGAUAUUUUAAAAGAGAUAUAUUUGGACCGAACUGAUACACGGUGUAAAAUUUGUUUAUUAUCUGCUCUACAAGAUAUCACAUCACAAUUCAUCACUGACGUCAACUUGUUCGAACAAAUUGUUGGAUCACUUACAAACUUAUAUACCUUUUUGGGAGAUAAACAAGACAAAAAACUGCUAAAAUGUCAAGUGUUGGUUACCGUGACUACCAUCCUUUUAACUUCAAAAAUAAUAAAUUAUGAGGAUUCUCCUCUAUUCUUGAAUUUUAAGAUUUUUAUUUUGAGUAUUGUUCUAUCUUCAACUGAGGAUCCAGCUAUUAUUUCAACAGCUUGCAAAUGUUUAGAAGAAAUUGAAAUCUUCUUUCCUGGUAUUUUGGAGUCUGAUUUUGAACGACUGUUAAAUGCUUUGAAAAAGCAUUUUUCUCCAGCUUUCCAAAGUUAUGUAACUUUGCUAAGUAUUUGUAUCAGACACAUGAUAGAAAAGUCAGCAAAAAAUCAAGAUCCAACUGCUAGAAAAAAUUUCCUUAGAAGAAAGCAUCAUGAAGAAGAAAAUUAUCUUCUGAUAUUAGUGGCAUAUAUUCAGGAACUGCUACCUUUAAUGUCACACAUUGCAUUUUAUAAAGUGUUGAAAGACCUCAUUCAUGUUGUGAAAGACUUUGAGGAACUAAGGCCUUCGAUUUUCAAACUCUUUCUUCCAACUCUUAUAAUGACUGCUGAUGUCCCUCUUCUACAUCUUGCCUUUGAUUUAAUGGAAGAAUUUGAUGAUCAACUAUUUUCCUUAUAUGAAAAACAAGUGCUCUUGAGACAACUAAUUAAUGCAGCAACUCAUCCCUGCUUGACAUCUCAUCACAGGCUACUGUUUUCUAACUGGCUUAAUCAGCUCCUGUUGAAAAAUAAGAAAGCAUUUGCACCUGUGAACUUCAGCUAUUUACUUUGGCCCCCGGGUAUCAUUACUAUAAUCAGUAUGAAAAACUACAGGUAUUUCUUGUUGCUUGACAUCUUCAUUAGGACAUUUUACUGUAAUGAUGUACUUUCUGCCAUAUCUCCACAACUUCAUCUUCUUCUCCCUGGACCUUUUGAUGGCCUUCUUACUCAAGAAAAAAAAUCAUGCAUGUUUUCCAUAUGUAUUCCUAAACACAUGAACACCAGUGCAGCAACUGAUUUUUUGAUUGAGUCAGCAAGUGGUCUUAAGAAAUGUGCCUUAUUACUUGGAGGAACGAAAGCUGCUGCCUCAUUUUUCCGAACAUUAUACACAUACUUUGUGCAUCAUAAGACUCCUUGUAUGAAUGACUUUUUAUACAAAUUAUUCAUAAGUAUCAUGAAAACAUCGCCUCAUUUGUCGCCAUAUGCAUUGAGUUUCUUGAAUUGUGCAAAAAGAGAUUCAGAUAGCAAUUUUACCAGAAAUGUACUUAGCCAUCUAGUUGAACAUGUUCUGAGCAUUUCAAUGAAACAGUUCACAGAAAAAUUGGAAUAUUACUUAGAAAUUUUAGAAAGUGCUUCUCAGGAGAGCGGAUCUGUUUGUAAACCACGUUCCGUGUUAAAGCUUCUUCAAAAGGUACUCAAUGAUUCUAACUUGUGCAAAAAUAAUCCCUGGUGUUUAGGAAAUAAUAUAUUGUCAGUUUGCAGGUCAUUUCUGGAGAAUUAUGAUGUUCAGGCUUUUUAUUAUGAUUUAGCAGAAGUGCUCUGUCUUGUUACCAAGACUUUUGAUGAUGUUGAUGUGAAAGACAGAGCUAAAAUUUAUUACAGUAUGAUUACUGCUCUGUCAAAAACAAAAAUUCAAUCUAUUUUUAAAUUGCAAACAAAUGAAAAUGAUUCCAAAAACCCUCUGACAUCAUUUGUACCAGGUGGAAAUUCUAAUUUACAAUUUGCGUCUCUAGUUCAGGAUUUACCAGAACCUGUAUUUCUACUUGCCAGGAUUGAAAGAUUAUUUGAAAAUACUUCCAUUGACAUCAAUGAUUCAUCAGCUAUCUCAACAAAUCAGGACAUUCUAAAAAUGUAUCAGACUCAUAUACAAGCAAAUGAAUCGGUUGUCAAACUUCCAUUUAGUCUAAAACUAGUUGAAGAUGCAGAUAAAAAAUUUUUCGGUUUAUUUGGCAUCAUAAUCUCUACAGAGUCAUCACCUUCUUGUAAAGAAAUAUCAGUGAUUGAAGUUCCUGUUUUUAAAGCAUUGCCAGUAGAAUCAAAUGUUCUAACAGUUGAUCUAGAUCUUAUUCCAGUUCAGCCUUCUCCUUUGACCUUGAAUUUUAAAGCAGAAUUCACUUGUGAAAAUGGACAAAGCUAUUCCUGCCAACUUCCAUCGAUUGCCUUAAAUUUUGAAGAUCUUAUCCUCCCUUUGCCAGUACCUGAAUCUUUUCAAAAUAUUUCUUGUUGGAAACAGAAUUUGUUUGAUGCUUUGUGGAAGGAUUUUGACAAAGAAAUUUUGGAAAAAGGAGCAGAAGCUAAAUGUUGUAAAUCAGCGUUCUGUUUGCCAAUGGAAAAAACAGAUUUGCAGCAUUUUGUUGAAGAAAAGUGGGCACCGUUUAUAAUGGCAAAGUUCCCUAACUGCUCAUACAAUGUGGCCAUGCAUUUUUCUCCAAAUUUUCACUUACUAAUGAAAAUAAGUACUAUAAAUGAAAAACCAUUUAUAAAUAUUAUUGUUGAUGAUACUUCUAUGCUUCCAUGGACGAGCUUAUUUUUGCAGGAAGUCAGAAAAAACGUGACUUUUACUCAAUGAUUUCUUACUACAGUAUUUACUGACAACAAAGAUCAAGAUUAAUAAUCGCUACUCGCCUUGUGGCCACUCAAUAAAGAAAAGUGACAACUAAAAAUUUAAGCAUAAUUUGUCACCCAAUAGCCUUUUCCCCCAACCCCACGUGUGUUAUUAAUCAAAAUUUAUCAUCAUUAACUAGCUACAUUUUCCUUUACUUAACUGAUAAUUUCUUUUCAGUUUUAGUAGCAAUUUAAAAGCUUAUUUUGUUGUUGGAUUCCCCCCCCCCUUUGUUUUUUGGUUUACAAAAAUAGUGACUACUAGAAAAAAUGUGUGAUGACUACAAACUAAUAAAUUUGUUUCUACUUGCCACUAGAGAUCAGAAAAGUUUACCUAUCUUAAUCUUUAAUUGUCAGCAAUAAAAUGUAAGUGAGCAUGAUCCCUUGGCUUUCAGGUGAUACAUUUACUCCCUUUCCAUUAAAUGUUUCAACAGAUUAUUUUCUGUCUUUCAUUUCAUGAAUUAAGCAAUUAUUUUAUUUCAUUAAAGUUGUGCAGAAAAUGCUGUAAAAGUUAGCAUAAUUUCUUAAAACUGAAAAGAAUUUUUGUUUUAAGUUUGUGGAUCGAGGCAAGCAAAGAACAUUUUUAUUUUAAAUGUAUUUUCUCAACCAAUAUGUCUGUAUGUUCUAUCACCUAGUCAAUGUAAAAAGUUGAUGAAAAUCCAUUUUAAUUUAUUUUUACUUAUUUAUUUAUUUUCCUUUUUAAUGUGCAACAUUUGGAAGAAGCUCCAAAUCAGUUUGUCUGAUAUUUUUAAGUAUUGAAAUAUUUUCAAAACUUAUAUUUUAAGGUCAGCAAUAGAGCUACAUCAAUUCUGAACAUAUACUUUAACUUUUUUGGAAAAAUACUGUAACUUUUUUGCAUACACCUUUUUAUGAGUUAUUGUACUGACAAUGAAAAACAAAAACAGUUUCUUUUUCUGUUUUCCAUGGUGAAAAUAAGAUCGCUUAUAAAAUGAUGCUGUCUAAAAAUUCUUUAUUAGUUUUCAUUCUGAUUAAUGCUGCCUGAAUUGUAUAACUUCCGCUUUUUCACUUAACUAAACUAGCGUUGUAUACUGUAAAAUCUUAUGCAUAAAAUAUUAAAGUUAGACCCCUGCCUGUGCUGGUAGAUUUGUUUCAUAAUAUAUUAAAAUUGUUAAAUAAAUUUAAUUUCUAUCUGAAUUUGAACUUAACCUAAUUUUAUGUCAUAUUGUAUCUAUUUGAAAUCUUAGCAAUGUGAGUGAUG